GGAAGAGAUGAAGGUGCCGCCCCCGGUAGGCGGGGCUAACAUAUGACCACUUCCUGCAUUAAGCAGCUCAGAUAGAGUGUGAGGAAGAAAAUAAAAGGCUUAUCUGCAAUACUGGCUCAAUUUCUAUCGGCUAAUUACUUCUUUAUCCCAAUAUAUGCAGGACUUCUAAUUUAUACAAUUACUUCACUUCUUCUGAGAACUUCCAGUUGCACUGCAACUCCCUGCAACUCCCUGCAGCUCCUCUUCUCCUGUGUCCCUGACAUUCCCAGACUGAAGAUGGAGAUCUCAGCAGCAGCAUCAGUGAGUGAUGAGGAUUCCCCAUUGGCUGAAUCAGAAAUAUUACAGAUAAAGGAGGAAGAACUGGACUCCGAAGAUGACGUCAACUCAACAGAAGCUUCCCCAGAGGAUGAAGAAGAAAUAUUACAGAUAAAGAUAAAGGAGGAAGAAGCGGACUCUGCAGAUUAUCUGAGCACAAUGGGAAGCUUGGCAGUUAUUGAUGGGGAGAGUGGCUUGAACAAUGAACAGAGUUGUGAUGGAGACAUUUCCUCAUCGAGGUUAAGAAUCUGGGGAUCACUUAGUUCAUUUGAUCCUGUGGCUACAGCCAAGGAGUCAUCACCGGGCAGAGACAUUGACUCGGAGUCUGAAACAAGAUACAAGGAUUGCUCGGCGGGCUCUGGGUUUAUCUGCAGUAAAUGUGGGGCAGUCUUUUCAACAAACCGUGAUCAUCUCACCCACCCGUGUAUCUGUACUGGCAGCGCCUACACAGCAAUUAAACCAUUCAUUUGUACAGAGUUUGAGACAAAGCACCCUACCUAUCAGCAGCCUUAUCCAAGGGAGAAACCCUUCACCUGCGCGGAAUGUGGGAAGAGCUUCUCUCGCAAGAGCAAUCUUCAAAGCCACCAAAUCAUUCACACAGGGAUGAAACCGUUCACAUGCCCUGAGUGUGGCAAACACUUCUCUAAUAAGAGCAAUCUGCACAACCACAAGAAAAUUCACAUGCCUGACAAACCUUUCACAUGCACCGAAUGCGGAAAGACUUUCCCUGAGAGCAGCAGCCUGCGCAAACACCAGAUCAUUCACACGGGAAAGGAUGUUUACAAAUGUACCGAAUGCGGCUGCAGUUUCUAUCGAAGGAGCAACCUUCACAGCCACCAGAGAAUUCACACAGGGGAGAAACCAUUCACCUGUGCACAAUGUGGGGAAAGCUUCUCUCACAAGACCAGUCUGAAGACGCAUGAAAUGAUUCACACGGGGGAGAAACCGUUCUCAUGUACAGAAUGUGGCAAAUGCUUUAGUCAAAAGUACAAACUUCUGAGGCAUCACAUGACUCACACCGGGGAGAAACCAUACACUUGCUCAGAAUGUGGCAAAUGCUUUCCUCACAAAGACACUCUAAUGAGGCAUCAGGUGAUUCACACAGGGGUGAAACCAUUCACCUGCACAGAUUGUGGGAAAAGCUUCUCUCGAUUGAGCCACCUUCAAAAGCACCUGAAAGUCCAUAUUAAAUAGAGACUGUCAUCACAUGUGCAGUGAGGAAAAGUUGGUUUAGUAGAUUGGGGCACCCGAUCCGACUGCCCUAAGGCACCAGCAGUCUGUAACCUCUAUAUCCACAUCAGGAUAUGGUGCAGAAAGAUUCCUGCUGCGUCUGCUUUCCUUCCCUGAGCAGCAGGAAUGGGGGAGACUCAUGGUGAGGGCCAAAUGUAGGCACCAAAUGGCACAGCUGUUGGGUAACACCGGGCUAUUUUACUGAGCACGAAAUAAAAUCCUGUCCCUGCAGAAGUACAUGUGAAAUAAAAAUAAUCUUGAACAUUGGUUGAUUGUAACAGAGACAUAUCAAGACAGGGUGAUUUUUUUUAAAUGAAAUGAAUGGGUGCAACACA